AGCCUUUUGUAUUUAUAGGGUCUUAUAUCAAUGAAGAGAUCAUCGAAUUUUCUAAACCUUUAUGGUAUCAGAGCAUCAGUCGAUCCUUUUUCUCUUUUCUUCUCCUUCUCGGCUCAUAACAUCAGCCGAUUUCCCACCCCUCUUCUCGGUUCAUAACAUCAGCCGAUUUCACAUCUAUGGCAUCUCAACUUCACCCCGCAGUCACUGUGUCCAACAUUCGUACCCUCAUACCUGUCACUCUCGAUAUUGAAACCGGCCAUUACACAACGUGGUCGGAAUUGUUCAAAAUUCAAUGCAAAUCCUUUCAGGUCUAUGAUCACCUUCUGCCUCGGGUCACUCCUGCUACAUCUUCAUCAGACAAAGACAAAGACAAAGAACAACCGCCGGCCGAAACUUGGGAACGGUUGGAUUCGAUUGUUCUACAAUGGAUUUACGGUACAAUUUCCUCUGAUCUUCUCCACACAAUUCUAAAACCCAAUACCACUGCCCAUGAUGCCUGGACCGCACUCGCGAAUCUGUUUCAAGACAAUGAAGCUUCUCGCACAAUCGACUUAAACAACCGGUUUGCCAGUACCCGCUUGGAUCAGUUCUCAACCAUGACCUCCUACUGUCAGGCUAUGAAAGUUAUUUACGAUCAGCUUACGAAUAUCGGCUCUCCGAUCACCGAUGAACAGCUUGUCCUACAGAUCCUAACUGGGCUUACGGAACAAUACGAGUGUGUCGCCCUUAUCAUUCAACAAACGAAACCAUUGCCUACUUUUUAUGAAACCCGAUCUCAGUUGUGUAUGGCAGAAACAAGGAAGAUAAAUCAAGCAAAGCAAGCCGCUAAUCUCGCCGGAACGGCCCUAACGGCAACCUCCGAUCACGGCUCCUCCUUCAGGGCACCAGACACUCGAACCUCGGAAACCAGGUCUGAAUCGGAACGUGGCAGAGGACGCGGCCGUGGCAGAGGUCGCGGCAGGGGCAGAAGUGCUUCACGUGGACGUGGCGGCUGGAAUUCCUCGGGUACUCAAUAUGGACGUGGUGGCUGGAAUACAUCAGGCUCCAAUGGAGCGCAUCUUCCACAGUACCCAUCUUAUCCAUCUUUCCCUCCUAAUUGGGCCGGUCAACAACACUUACAAAAUUGGGCCACUCCACAACAACAUUCUUGGGCCCAAUGGAUGGUGCCUCCAUGCCCCUACCCAUCUGCUCCCAAACCGAACAGCGCUGGCCCAGGUGUUUUGGGCCCUCGGCCAGCCCAAAAUUAUGCCGCUAGUCAAGUCUCCUCUACAGAUGGCUACACACCAACGGACCUGACCCAAGCUCUUUAUCACAUGGCACUUAAUCAGCAUGAUCCAAAUUGGACCAUGGACACAGGAUCUCAAGACCAGGACUCCUAUUCUACGAUGCAAUAGUUCUGGUGACCUAUACACAUUGGAUCCCACUCAAGUGUCCAAGUUCACCGCACCAUCUACCUUUACCGCUGUGUCUCAAGAUCUUUGGCAUCAACGCCUUGGCCACCCUGGCUCAAAUUUAUUGCAUUCUCUUAAAAAUUCCAGUUUUAUUGAUUGUAAUAAGGCAAAAACCAAAUUAUGUCAAUCAUGUGUUUUUGGUAAACAUGUUCGUCUUCCGUUUAUUGAUUCUGUCAAUUUCACUUCUUUACCUUUUGAUAUCAUAC